GGAGCCUGGCUGAGGUGACGCUCCUUUCACUCACUUUUUUGUUCAGAGCUCUGUCGUCAAGCAACAUUUGCAGAAGGACACCGGGCUGGGAUUAUCUGAAAAGCUUAUUUUUUUCUGUUUCCUAAAGGUUUGUUCCAUCGUUGCUCCUUCGAUAACAAGAGACAAGGAUGGCGAUGCAAAUGGGUGAGAUGGAUCGGGGCAGGGUAAAGGUUCAAGAGUGGCAGGAGACGAUGUACGGGCUGGACUCUGGCAUCCAGUCUGGAGCCACCACCUAUAGAGACGACGAUGGCGAGUACACAACCUCCACACGCUAUGUCAAAACCACCACCAUCUCCAGGGAGGAGCCUGACCUGGAAAGCCAGUUGACGCUGAGCAGAACACAGCGGGUUCGGGCUGCAAUGUUCCCGGAAACACUGGAGGAAGGCACCACCAUCCUGUCGACCCAGACAGACUCAGCCCAGAUGACCAAUGUGCAGCGGCUGGCCGAGCCAUCACAGAUGCUCAAACAGGCCAUCAUCCACCUGAUCAACUACCAAGAUGAUGCCGAGUUGGCCACAAGGGCCAUCCCAGAGCUUACUAAACUUCUCAAUGAUGAAGAUCAGGUGGUGGUCGGCAAGGCGGCACAGAUUGUGAACCAGCUCACCCGUCAGGAGGCCUCGCGGCGUGCCCUCAUGCAGUCCCCUCAGAUUGUGGCGGCGGUGGUCCGGGCCAUGCAGAACACAAACGACAUGGAGACGACCAAGGCCACAGCCAGCAUCCUCCACAACCUGUCCCACCAGAGGGAGGGUCUGCUGGGCAUCUUCAAGUCAGGAGGGAUCCCCGCUCUUGUCCGUAUGCUCAGCUCUCCUAUGGAGUCUGUGCUCUUCUAUGCCAUCACCACACUUCACAACCUGCUGCUGCACCAGGAGGGAGCCAAAAUGGCUGUGCGUCUGGCUGAUGGACUGCAGAGGAUGAUCCCACUGCUAAAGAAGAGGAACCCCAAGUUCCUGGCCAUCACCACGGACUGCCUGCAGCUGCUGUCCUACGGCAACCAGGAGAGCAAGCUAAUAAUCCUCGCCAAUGGUGGUCCAGAGGGUCUUGUUGAUAUCAUGAAAAACUACAGCUACGAGAAGCUGCUGUGGACCACCAGCCGUGUCCUCAAAGUCCUCUCUGUGUGCCCCAGCAACAAACCAGCCAUUGUAGAAGCUGGUGGAAUGCAGGCUUUGGGAAAACACCUGCAGGGCGGCAGCCAGCGUUUGGUACAGAACUGCCUGUGGACUCUCAGGAACCUGUCAGACGCUGCAACUAAGCAGGAAGGAGUUGAUAACCUGCUGCAACUUCUGGUGGGGCUCCUCUCCUCACAGGACCUCAACAUGCUCACCUGUGCCACCGGCAUCCUGUCCAACCUCACAUGCAACAACAGCAACAACAAAUCUCUGGUCACCCAGAGCAACGGAGUAGAGGCGCUGAUCCAUGCCAUACUGCGUGCUCCAGAGAAGGAGGAUGUGACUGAGCCGGCAGUUUGUGCUCUGCGGCAUCUGACUUCGCGACACCAGCAUGCCGAGCUGGCGCAGCACGCUGUGAGGAAUAGCUACGGCAUCCCAGCUAUCGUCAAGCUGCUCAACCAGCCCUACUACUGGCCCAUCAUCAAGGCUUCUGCUGGCUUACUCCGUAACCUGGCCUUGUGCCCAGAGAACCAGGCCCCCAUCAGAGAUGCAGGAGGCAUCCCUCGUCUGGUUAACCUGCUGCUUAAGGCCCACCAGGAUGCUCAGAAACAUGAUUCCUCCAACCAGCAGACAUACCAGGACGGUGUGAGGAUGGAGGAGAUUGUGGAGGGUUGCACAGGAGCUUUGCACAUCCUAGCAAGAGAUCCCAUCAACAGAGAUGAAAUUGCUCACUUAGAUACCAUUCCCCUCUUUGUUCAGCUCCUCUACUCUCCAGUGGACAAUAUAAAGCGUGUGGCGGCAGGUGUUCUGUGUGAAAUGUCCCAGGACAAAAAUUCAGCCGAGUUGAUCGACGCAGAGGGAGCAUCAGCUCCCCUGAUGGAGCUACUUCACUCCAACAAUGAGGGCAUCGCUACCUACGCUGCUGCUGUUCUCUUCCGCAUCUCUGAGGAUAAGACCCCUGAUUACAAGAAGCGAGUCUCUGUGGAGCUCACGCAUUCCUUGUUCAAACAUGACCCAGAAGCCUGGGAGACGGCUCACAACACAAUCGUUGAAGGAAACUUUCAAGAUGAAAUAGAUGGUGGUUUCCAGGGCUAUGGAUACCCAGCUGAAAUGCCAAUGGACAGCAUGAAUGGACAUAUGAUGUCGGAGGAUUUUCAGGGUGGCGCGGCAUAUGACAGAUACCCUGAUCAUUAUUAACGGUCAGUAUUGCGAUGAUGAUUGUG